GGAGCCGGCGCCGGUUGCUGGAAGCGGGCUGGAGAACCGGAGCCGCCGCCGCCGCCAGCCAGCCAGCCAGCCAGCGGGACCUUCCCUCCCUCCGCCUCCCGCCUGACCGCUGCCUACCUUGCCGAGCCGGGCUCUCGCGGGCCGCCGCCGGGCACGGUGCGAGGGGAAGGCGCCUGGGUGUGGGAUCCGCGGCCCGAGGGGAUGAGCGGCCCGGAGGAGGAUGCAGGAGCGAGCCCCGUGCCCAGCCCGGGCUACCCCGCCUUCGACGAGCCACCACAGAAACGACAAAGAACGGUUGAAGACUUCAACCAAUUCUGCACCUUUGUGCUAGCCUAUGCAGGCUAUAUCCCAUACCCAAACGAGAAUGAGCCGUGGCCUCUUAGGGGCAACAUGAGCCCCCAGAACAGCACAGGAAGCACUCGAGAUAGUGACAGCUGGGCCUCAUCACAAUCCUGUGACUCCCAGGUGCUGUCUGAUGAUGGAGGAAGCAGGAACACUAAAUGCAAAGGGACUGGGGGGGACCUGUUCCUGAGCAGCUCCCACGUUUCCAGCAGCUUCUGCCCUACCCGGCCCCAUCAAGCUAAGAAGAAGAAGCAGUUGGCAAAAAAGCUCCUAUUGGACCACGACGCUGACAAGAGAGUGAUGCCAGGGAGCAUGAAGGACACCAAGCAGGAAAGGGUAGAGCCAGGAGGAGAGACUCAUGGGAAAGGAGAGGAGCUUGACUCCUGCCUCCCAAGGGAAGAACUGCAGGCCAGAUCCCUCUUGGAGCAAUACAUAAAGGAGGACAAAGGUUGGAUGUGUGAACAACAGUCAGCUGAAAAGCCAGUGACUGGAGCUCUUGGGCCUGAGGAACAGGGGACAUGCAAGGAGGGAAGAAUCAGCCUCGCCUGCUGGAGCGUGAGAGAGCAGAGCAGUGAGGAAGAGCUCAGUAGAGAUGGCCUCCAGCUCAACACAUCCUGUGAAGAGUUUGCUGCUCCUGCUCCCUCGGACAGCAAAGCGGAUGAGGAUGAUGCGUGGGAUCUGAUCACUUGCUUCUGCUUAAAGCCUUUUGCUGGGAGACCCAUGAUAGAGUGCAAUGAAUGCUUCACCUGGAUUCAUCUCUCCUGUGCCAAGAUACGUAAAUCCAAUGUGCCUGACAUUUUUAUCUGCCAGCGAUGCCGUGAUGCAAAGCAAGAGAUCCGUCGUUCCAACCGAGCCCGCACUGUGCCACGCAAGCGCUUUUGUGACUGACUCUGGCUUGAGGGGUGGCUGGGUUCCCUUUAAAGUCAAACUGGAUCCUAAAGAAGCAAGACAAUCAAAAUGCGGGAACUGAUCCCCGGGCAGGGGCAUGCUCCUACAAUGAAAGUGGGGGUCCCCCUAUGCUUUCAGACUGCAGGACAGUGAAAAGUAUCUCAAGGCUGGUGGGCGCUGUUCUCUUCUUGAAAGAGCUUGUAGGUGAUGCUGUUGAUCUCAGGGUUACACCGGAGUAGCAGGUGCAAAGGUGCCUGGCAGACACAAGUGACUGGUUUGGUGGAUUCCAGUGCACAAUGCACUACGUCAGCCAAAAAGCCUCUUUGCUAUUCUGCAGAUACAGCUUGGUGCCUUUCGUCAGUAAACUUAAGGGGGAUUAGCCCAGAUUUAGUCCUGGUGUGGUAUAGUCGCCACUUGAGUUUGGGUGGUUAUUACCCCAGUCAUCUUAGUGCUUUGACAAAGCCCGAACCAACCCUUAAAACGAGUCAGUUUUCAGCGCCAGAAACCACUCUCUGAGAUAAAGCACAGAGCUAAAGGCAGUUGGCCUUCCAAAGUACGAGGCGUGUCAGAAACAGCAGCUCCUGUUUCUUUACUCAUUGAAUGGCAGCCUUGGCCAACUGGCAUCCUACUUGGAGGUGGAGGUGAUCGCUUCUGGCAUGGCCCCAGUCCACUGAUUGGAGGGCAGAGGCGAGGUGACUGUCUGCUCGAUGUAAAUAUUUUGUACACAGAUUCUUAGAAAACGGCUAGCUAUAUUUCCACAUGUAUCCUCCUCCCAUUCUAGACUACCCGUUGCACUACUGUCUUAGUUGAAAGAAAAAAAACAGGCAGUGUGGGAGAAGACCAAAGCUAUUAGUGGAAGAGGUAAUGGUGACUUUGCAAGUACAAAGAGGGGUAGGGGAGGUAAGUAACCAUCUCCGUGGCAGUGAGCUGCACUGAAAAAAGCAGAUUGGGUCCUGCUUUUUUUUUUCUUCAACUUUCUUUCCCUGCUCAGGAUCUUCCACCUGGGUAGUAGAGGAGGAAUUGUAAAAGAAAAACCUGCUAUGCAAACCACUGCUCCUUGUUCUCUUUUGGAGAGAAGGCUACAAUCCAGCCCUCCAGACCUCUUCUUCGAUCCCGUGUGCCUUCUCUGUCCUGCAUUUCAUUCAAUAGCCAUGCUUGAAACAAAUCUCUUCUGCAAGAUGGCUACUUAAGAGGGACAGGCUGCCCAGUUGUCGCGCUGCAGGAAGGCUCUAAGGACUUGCCCCAUGGUUCAGUCGGUGUCCCCCUCCCCCCAAUGUUUACACUUUUCUAGUUUAUAUAGUCACUUUCUAUUAAAAGAUGUACGGUAGUAUAUGCUGGCCCUUGUCUCCUGUUGAAUGUCUGGAAUUAUAUGUAUAGAAUAAAAAUACUUUUAAUUAUAA